CAGCUGGAACUGAAUUCAGUCUUGGAGUUGCCACCAGUCUUCUCGGGCGCUGACUCCCAGCUCUCCACACACCAUGGCCACGAAAGUAGACAGCAAAUCUGGGAGGUUCACCAGCAAUAGCUGUGACUCAGUCACAGCUCGAGAGCACGUGCAGGCUGUGACCCGAAACUACAUCACCCACCCCCGUGUCACCUACAGGACCGUGUGCAGCGUCAAUGGGCCUCUGGUGGUGCUGGACCAGGUCAAGUUUGCCCAGUAUGCUGAGAUUGUGAACUUUACCCUCCCAGAUGGGACUCAGAGGAGUGGUCAAGUGCUUGAAGUGUCUGGGACCAAAGCCAUUGUUCAGGUGUUUGAAGGGACCUCAGGGAUCGACUCCCAGAAGACCACCUGUGAAUUCACAGGGGACAUCCUUCGGACUCCUGUGUCAGAGGACAUGCUGGGUCGGAUUUUCAAUGGCUCUGGCAAACCCAUCGACAAAGGGCCUGUUGUCAUGGCAGAGGAAUUUCUGGACAUUAAUGGCCAGCCCAUCAAUCCCCACGACCGAAUCUACCCUGAGGAGAUGAUCCAGACAGGAAUCUCUCCCAUUGAUGUCAUGAACAGCAUCGCCCGUGGCCAGAAGAUCCCCAUCUUCUCUGCAGCUGGGCUGCCCCACAACGAGAUUGCUGCCCAGAUCUGUCGCCAAGCCGGGCUGGUGAAGAAAUCCAAGGCUGUGCUGGAUUACCAUGAGGACAACUUCGCCAUUGUCUUCGCAGCCAUGGGGGUGAAUAUGGAGACAGCCAGGUUCUUCAAGUCAGAUUUCGAGCAGAAUGGAACCAUGGGAAAUGUCUGCCUCUUCCUGAACUUGGCCAAUGACCCUACGAUUGAGAGGAUCAUCACCCCUCGUCUGGCACUGACCACAGCUGAGUUCCUUGCCUACCAGUGUGAGAAGCAUGUGCUGGUCAUACUGACUGACAUGAGCUCCUAUGCAGAGGCUCUGCGUGAGGUCUCAGCUGCCAGAGAGGAAGUGCCAGGGCGCCGAGGCUUCCCGGGAUAUAUGUACACAGACUUGGCCACCAUCUAUGAGCGAGCCGGUCGUGUGGAGGGUCGGGGUGGCUCCAUCACCCAGAUCCCCAUUCUCACCAUGCCCAAUGACGAUAUCACCCACCCUAUCCCGGACUUGACUGGCUUCAUCACAGAGGGACAGAUUUAUGUGGACAGACAGCUACACAACCGGCAGGUCUAUCCCCCCAUCAACGUGCUCCCUUCCCUGUCACGGCUGAUGAAGUCGGCCAUAGGUGAGGGCAUGACCAGAAAGGACCACGGAGAUGUCUCCAACCAGCUGUAUGCCUGCUACGCCAUCGGAAAGGACGUGCAGGCCAUGAAAGCGGUGGUGGGGGAGGAGGCACUCACCUCGGAGGACCUGCUCUACCUGGAGUUUCUGCAGAAGUUCGAGAAGAACUUCAUCACCCAAGGUCCCUAUGAGAACCGCACCGUGUUCGAGUCGCUGGACCUGGGCUGGAAACUGCUGCGCAUCUUCCCCAAAGAGAUGCUGAAGCGCAUCCCGCAGAGCAUGACAGACGAGUUCUACUCCCGCCAGGGGGCGCAGCAGGACCCCGCAUCCGACACCGCGCUCUAGGGUAGCCCCCGGCUACAGCCUUCUCGCUUAUGGUCCAGCCCUGUCUCUGCCCUAUGUUUUAAGGGUGGGGGCUCUUUUUAGGGGCAUGCUGAACUCCACCUCAGUCCUGUACUUUUAUUUUAGAAGCCCCUCCUCCAAAGAUACAGCUGAAAUGGAAAACAAAAACGGUAACUGAGAUAGAUGAAUUUGUCUCCGAUGAAAACAAGAUUGGGAAAUUUUGGUUAAUUGUUGAAGGUGAAGAUGAUACCAUGUGGUUUGUAAAAGUAUUUAAAAAGAAAAAUCUAGUUGGACAUAGUGGAGCACUCUUUUAACCCCAGCACUCAGGAGGUGGCAGAGUCAGGCAGAUUUCUGUCAGGUAUAAUACCCUGUCUCAAAAAAUAAAAAAAUAAAAAGUAAGGAAAACUCGGUGCCUAAGCAUCUGAUAACAGAAUUCCUCUUGGGGAAGUAUUUACAGUUCAAAUAAGAGCUGAGCUGAUGUGACUGAAUGGUAAAGAGUUUGCCUUCGGAAACCCAAAGUCCCAGUCCCGGCACCACAUAAACCAGGAGGAUCAGAAAUCAAAGGAUAUCCUCUGCUACACAGCAAGCUGGAGGCCAGCCCGAGCUACAUGAGACCCCAUUUCAAAAAAUAAAAUAAAAUAUGAAAGGGCUGUGGCUAUAA